AUGGCUAAAACCCCAACUCCCGAAUUGGAGCAGAAGAAAGCCCUACCCAACUCGACAUUCAGCAAAGCACUAGAUAGUCCACGCGAUCGAGGGACUGAGCCAGAAAGCGAUGAGACGAACUCCGACGAAUCUCCCCGGACCCCGGGGCCCAAACCGAGGAAGACCUGGCGGUUUUGGGCGGUCUUCCCGGCCUUGUGCAUGACGACCUUCCUCGCCGCUCUCGACACAUCGAUCCUCUCCACUGCCCUUCCGACCAUUGCGCUCGACCUUCACGCGGGAGAGUUGUACAUGUGGAUUACCAAUGCAUACAUUCUGUCCUCCACCGUGGUCCUCCCGCUCUUCGGCCAAACGGCGAACAUCUUCGGCCGACGAUGGCUAAUGAUCAUUUCCGUGGUUAUCUUUGCGGUGGGAAGCGCCAUCGCCGGAAGUGCCAAUACCACCACGGCGAUCAUCGCCGGGCGAGCAAUCCAAGGGAUUGGAGGCGGAGGCAUCAACAUCCUCGUGGACACCGUCAUCUGUGAUCUGGUGCCCCUGCGCCAGAGGGGUAAGUAUGUGGCACUCAUGGCCUCGGUCUGGGCUGUAGGAACCACCCUUGGCCCUGUUCUUGGUGGUGCCUUUGCGCAGCAUGUCUCCUGGCGCUGGGUCUUCUACAUUAACUUGCCCUUGUGCGGUGUCUCACUUUUCCUUCUCGUGCUCUUCCUUCGUGUCAACCAUCCGCCCCGACCCCCGAGCAUAACCCUCGGGCAACAACUUGGCCGCGUUGAUCUCCUGGGCAACAUAAUCCUCGCUCUGGCUGUCGUCGCCAUUCUUCUAGCCUUGACAUGGGCGGGGACCUCCCACCCCUGGUCCUCCUGGCGAGUUCUGGUGCCCCUGUCUCUUGGAUUUGCAGGCCUGGUUAUCUUCUACAUUCAUCAGGCAUCGCGCUUCUGUCGGGAACCCUCUAUCCCACUCCAGCUCUUUUCCAGUAAAACCGCCCUUUGUGCCCUCUGGCUCUCCUUCCUCCAGAACAUGCUCCUCUACUGGGUGGGCUAUUUCCUGCCCGUCUAUUUCCAGGCUCUCCGCAGCCUGUCCGCCACUGCCUCCGGCCUUGCUGUCCUCCCCAUCACAGCAGCCAUUGCGCCCUUCGGCGUGAUCACCGGCAUCUUGAUCGCAAUGAAGGGAAAAUACCGCCCCUUUCACUUCCUGGAUUAUAAAUUACUCUACCGCCGGUUGAAAAUUUUAGCCGUCCGGGAGCGUUUAAAAUAUUUUAAAUUAAUACCGCCGUUCUUUAAAUAUUUUAGAAUACUAAUAAAACUUAAAAAAUUAGAAUAA